GAUUGUCCCCUUAAUACAAUUGUAUUGUGUGAGUUUCUAAGCUUGCAUUAAAAAUGGAAAGACGUCCACUGCUUGGUGCCUCUGAUGGCGACAAGUAUUCUUCUGACAACGAGGAUAAUGUCGAGAAGAAUUUAACAUUGUCUGAAAAAGAAAUUGAUGCCAUUGUUACUGCAACAUCAAAACAGAAUUUUACAAAGAGUCUUGCUUUAGCCAUAGCAGCAUGUGUUUGUGGAUCUUCUUUUAUGUUGGGCUAUAACACAGGGGUAGUCAAUACCCCAGCAGCUGUUUUAAAGGAUUUUUACAAUGCAAGUUAUCACAAAAGGUAUGGAAAUGAUCCUUAUACAACCAAUACAAGUGACGCGACCAAUACGAGUGACGUGACCUCCACUGGGUACCUCUCUCCCACAGAACUGUCUAUCCUAUGGGCAACUACUGUGUCUAUAUUUGCAUUUGGAGGGAUGGUUGGGGGGCUCAGUGCGGGAUAUUGGUGCAAUAAAUAUGGAAGGAAAGGGGCUCUGCUGAGAAACAAUCUCCUUCACUUGAUUGCUGCAGGGCUAAUGUUCUCAUUCCGUUUUGUUUAUUCCUUUGAAAUGAUGAUAGCUGGUCGUUUAUUGGUUGGCAUAUGUGCAGGGAUAAAUUCUGGAGCAGCUCCAUUAUACCUUUCUGAGAUAGCUCCCACUUCUCUGAGAGGGUUUGCUGGGGUCUUCAAUCAGCUGGCUAUCACCUCAGGGGUGCUGGUCGCUCAGAUUCUGGGGCUGGAUGUUGUCAUGGGGACAGAACAUCUAUUUCAAUAUGUUUUAGGUGCUACAGUCAUUCCAGUAGCCAUGAUGCUGUGUUUGUUACCAUGGUGUCCAGAAUCUCCUCGCUUCCUGAUGCUUGUGAUGAAAGAUGAAGAUGAAGCUGAAAAAGCUCUGAUCUGGCUGAGGGCCACAGAUGAUGUUGGGGAGGAGUUAGAAGAGAUGAGAAGUGAAGGAGAGAAACAGAAAAGAAUGCCAAAGUUUACAUUUAUGGAUUUAUUCCAUGACAGAUUUCUCAGGGAUCCACUGACAAUCAGUGUAGUUUUACAGCUCACUCAACAGUUCAGUGGCAUCAAUGCUGUGAUAUAUUACUCCACAGAAAUUUUUCAAACAGCUGGGCUAAGCAUACAUGAAGCUGAGUAUGCUACCCUAGCAACAGGAGGGGUCAAUGUCGCCAUGACCUUUGUCUCCGCUUUCAUUAUGGAUAAAGCUGGAAGACGAAGACUUCUAUUAAUAGGUGUUGGAGGAUUAUUUAUAUUCAGUUCCAUAUUAGCACUGUCACUUAUACUCAUCAAAGAUGCAGGAAUUUCUUGGAUGUCCUAUGUUGCCAUAGUAGCUGUGAUAUGUUAUAUUGUCUCCUUUGCCUCAGGACCAGGUUCAAUUCCCUGGUUCAUGGUGGCUGAGAUUUUCUCUCAGGGUCCGCGAUCAGCAGCAGUCUCCGUGUCCACCAUGGUAAACUGGUUCUCCAACUUCACAGUUGGACUGGUAUUUCCUAUAUUAAAUGAGUUGCUGAUUCAUCAAUAUUCCUUCCUCCCAUUUGUGGUGCUACUGUUUGUUUUCUUAAUCUUCAUUUACAGAAGAGUUCCAGAAACAAAAGGAAAAACAAUCGAAGAAAUUUCAUUAUUAUUUAUUAAGCCAGAAAUGGUUGAGUACGAAAAAAUUAUUCAAAAAGAUGACCUUCCAAACUACACCAGAUUACAAAAUGAAGACUCAUCUCAGGAUUCAGUUAUAGGUCACGUGACAUCAUCACCUAUCGAUAAACUGAUCACAAAUGCUGCAGUUGAAACUACCUCGUUUGACAUCGUAGCGAAUACCAGUACAAAGACCCUCCGUUUGGAGCUCGAUAUUUUAGUUGAUCUGGAUGAUUAUGUGGACACACGAAAAGAUAUCAUUUUAGAAAGUGGUAAACGGAAAAAGAAAAGGAAAGCAACUAGAAACACAAGAAAACGCUGGCCAAAUAGAGUGAUUCCUUACAUAAUCACAAAUGAUUUCAGUGCUGCAGAUAGAGUACAAAUCAAAGCUGCUGUGGAUGAAUGGAACAAAUACACAUGUCUUACCAUCAGGGAAGCCACGCCCUCUGAUGUCAACAAAGUCCGAUUCCAGAACGGAAACGGGUGUUCGUCUUACAUUGGUAUGGUUAAAGGUGAACAGGAAUUAAAUCUUGGAAGAAACUGUCGAGUUGCUUUCUCGACCAAUGGAAUGAUAACUGUUAGGACCAAAGACCCAGAAUACCAAAAUGUCAUCGGGAACGCCCCUGGUCUGAGCUUUCUGGAUAUCAAGCUGGCGAAUCUAAUGUACCAUUGUAAUGUCAACUGUACAGUGGUGCAGUGUUCCGGCAGAGGUUUCCAGGCCGGUGACUGUAAGUGUUACUGUCCGUCUGACAAUCCCUCCAACCCACUAAAGGUGUGUGACGACACAGAUAAAGUCACCAACAAACCAACCGUGACGUCAACUCCGGCUCCCAACCCAGUCACUGAAACACCCGUCUCAGACAGCUGUAAGAACGGACAUAACUACUGUGAUUUCUGGGCCACAAGAGGACACUGUGAUUCCUCCCCCGGAUUUAUGAACCUCUACUGUAAAAAAGCGUGUGGCAGAUGUACAAAAGAUACUGAAUUUUGUGAGGAUGUCGGACAACACUGCAAUUUCUGGAAGACCCAGGGUUACUGUGCCAUGAAUAUGAUGCCGUAUAUGCAAAGGAGUUGUCGUAAAACUUGUGGAUACUGCACAUCAGACGAAGGUAAUGGAGAAGGUAUUGCUCAACCACUGAAUGCAGGAAAAGAAAUUACAGCCAAGACGGCCUUUGUCAUUAUUUUGACUAUAGUACAAAUAAUCAUCGCAAAAAUUCUUUGAAAAAAAUGAAUGCUUUAAAAGAAUUCCUCAGAAAUGAAUGGAAUUAUUUUUUUCAAGAAGAGCUGGGCCUCUUCGAAAAAAGGAACAAGAUGUGCGAUAUCUUUAAAUAUCCUCCACUUUUCAACCAUCCACAAGUUAACCAGAGGAAAUUCUUAUAUCUAUAUUUGUUUCAUCAAGCUUUCAACUUUUUUCAACCAUUCACAAGUUAACUAGAGAAAAUUCUUUUAUUCAUAUUUGUUUGCAUCAAGCUUUCAGAUUUCUGAUGUUUUAAUGUAGAUACGAUUUAAUUUCAAGUACAAUGUAUAUCCAUCUACUUCCCAAUGGUCAUUAGGAGGAUGAAAAAGUUAAGUGUUUGACUUCUGGGUCCUUCGCUGUAAUGUACUAGUAUUAGAUUUGUAUAAAAAAAAUCUCCCGGUGACGAAGCUUGUAACACAGUGACGAGAAAAAACGCUGAGCGUUGCCAUGUUGCUUUCAUUCAGACCUAAUAUCU